AGGGAGGGAGGCGCCCGCCGCCGCCGAGCCCCGCCGCCGCCGCCCCAGGAUUUGCAUGCUGCGGCAGAAGAUUGCAGCACGCUAUGCGCUAUGUUCAUGGUUUGAAACCAACGUAGAUUAGCCGACACAGAGAGUUGCCACUGGUUAUGUGACCUGGGACCCUGUUUAUGAGGGACCCGCUUGUUUUUACCAGAAGACAGCACUGUCCGCAGCAAGCGAUGACCAUGUAGGUUCCACAGCUCGCGAGCAGCGUAAUGGGAAGCGGUGAAUGGAUCGGAGCUGGUCUGCAGCCUUGAGAGCAGCCUUCCUGCGGACCGCGAGCCAGGCGGGGACACCUCGCGCGUCACAGGCAUUCUCCACUUCGCCCGCUGGACCAACUGGAUUCUUUUUAAUUUCUUAGGUUGGAAUUUGAGAUUUCUUUCCUUCAAUUUUUAAACAGUUUUAAGAUUGUAUCAACUAUAAAGAGUGGAGCAAUAUAGUCAGCAACAAUGGGUGACAUGACAAACAGCGAUUUUUAUUCCAAGAACCAAAGAAAUGAGGCCAACCAUGCAGGAGAGUUUGGGUGCACGCUGCAAGAACUGCGCUCCCUCAUGGAACUGCGAGGAACAGAAGCGGUAGUAAAAAUUAAAGAGACAUAUGGGGAAACAGAGGGGCUCUGCAGACAUCUGAAGACAUCACCAACAGAAGGAUUAUCUGGCACUGCUGCAGACCUAGAAAAAAGAAAGCUUAUUUUUGGGAAAAACUUUAUACCUCCAAAGAAGCCAAAAACAUUCUUACAGCUAGUCUGGGAAGCGCUACAGGAUGUGACUCUUAUAAUCUUGGAAAUUGCAGCCAUCAUAUCUUUGGGGCUUUCGUUUUAUCAACCACCUGGAGAAGGGAAUGAAGGAUGUGGUACUGCAACAGGAGGAGCUGAGGAUGAAGGUGAGGCUGAAGCAGGCUGGAUUGAAGGUGCUGCCAUCCUGCUGUCUGUUAUUUGUGUUGUACUCGUCACUGCCUUUAAUGACUGGAGCAAGGAGAAGCAGUUUCGCGGGCUUCAAAGCCGUAUUGAGCAGGAACAGAAGUUUACCGUUGUCCGAGGUGGACAGGUUAUCCAAAUCCCAGUGGCAGAGAUAGUAGUUGGUGACAUUGCACAGGUGAAAUAUGGUGAUCUCCUACCUGCCGAUGGGAUAUUCAUUCAAGGAAAUGAUCUUAAAAUUGAUGAAAGUUCUUUAACUGGAGAGUCAGACCAAGUCCGCAAAUCUGUUGACAAAGACCCAAUGCUACUGUCAGGUACUCAUGUCAUGGAAGGCUCUGGACGAAUGCUGGUAACUGCCGUGGGUGUGAAUUCCCAGACGGGCAUCAUCUUUACCCUGUUAGGUGCUGGAGGAGAAGAAGAAGAAAAGAAAGAUAAGAAAGGUGUGAAACAGGAGGAUGGACAUCAGCUUCCAGAUUCUUCCCAUCCCUCCUCCCACCCUCCUUCAGCUACAGAUGGUGCAGCAGGUGCAAAUGCCACUGAUAAUGCAAAUGCCAGCUUAGUCAAUGGCAAAAUGCAGGAUGGGAAUAUGGAGAACAGCCAGAACAAAGCCAAGCAGCAGGAUGGGGCUGCUGCCAUGGAGAUGCAGCCGCUGAAGAGUGCGGAAGGGGGAGAGGGAGAUGACAAAGACAAGAAGAAAGCCAACAUGCACAAGAAGGAGAAAUCUGUCCUCCAGGGAAAGCUGACCAAGCUGGCAGUCCAGAUAGGCAAAGCAGGUUUGGUGAUGUCUGCCAUCACUGUAAUCAUUUUGGUACUAUAUUUUGCCAUUGACACCUUUGUGGUCAACAAGAAACAGUGGUUGCCUGAGUGCACGCCUGUCUAUGUUCAGUAUUUUGUUAAAUUCUUCAUUAUUGGUGUCACGGUGCUUGUGGUUGCUGUUCCUGAGGGACUUCCACUUGCCGUCACUAUUUCUCUUGCUUAUUCUGUAAAGAAAAUGAUGAAGGAUAACAAUCUGGUCCGCCACUUAGACGCCUGUGAAACUAUGGGUAAUGCUACAGCCAUCUGCUCCGACAAAACGGGGACCUUGACAACCAAUCGCAUGACGGUCGUGCAGGCCUACGUGGGUGACGUCCACUACAAAGAGAUCCCGGACCCCGAUUCUGUACCCGCCAAAACCCUUGAUUUGCUGGUUAAUGCAAUUGCUAUCAACAGUGCUUAUACCACAAAAAUUCUGCCACCGGAGAAGGAGGGUGGCCUGCCUCGCCAGGUCGGCAAUAAGACGGAGUGUGGCCUCCUGGGGUUCGUCCUGGACCUGAAGCAGGAUUAUGAGCCCGUGCGCAACCUCAUCCCUGAGGAGAAGCUCUAUAAAGUUUACACUUUCAACUCGGUGCGGAAGUCGAUGAGUACCGUCAUUAAAAUGCCAGACGGUAGCUUCCGAAUGUACAGCAAAGGUGCUUCUGAGAUCGUUCUGAAGAAGUGUUCCAGGAUCCUUAACGCAGCUGGUGAACCUCGUGUCUUCAGGCCACGUGACCGUGAUGAAAUGGUGAAGAAGGUGAUUGAGCCCAUGGCCUGCGACGGACUGAGAACCAUCUGUGUCGCCUUCCGGGACUUCAGCAGCAGCCCAGAGCCCGACUGGGACAACGAGAAUGACAUUUUAUCCGACCUGACUUGCAUUUGUGUUGUUGGCAUUGAAGACCCAGUAAGGCCGGAGGUCCCUGAAGCCAUAAGAAAGUGCCAGCGAGCUGGAAUUACGGUCCGAAUGGUCACUGGAGACAACAUCAACACAGCGCGUGCCAUUGCCAUAAAAUGUGGAAUCAUUCAUCCAGGAGAAGACUUCCUCUGCCUUGAAGGGAAAGAGUUUAACAGAAGGAUUCGAAAUGAGAAGGGGGAGAUUGAGCAAGAACGGAUUGACAAAAUCUGGCCAAAGCUUCGAGUGCUUGCUCGCUCGUCUCCCACUGACAAGCACACUUUGGUAAAAGGUAUUAUUGACAGCACACAGGUGGAACAGAGGCAGGUUGUAGCUGUGACGGGUGAUGGAACCAAUGAUGGACCAGCGCUUAAAAAAGCUGAUGUUGGCUUUGCAAUGGGUAUUGCUGGUACAGAUGUUGCAAAGGAAGCCUCAGAUAUUAUCCUAACAGACGACAAUUUCAGCAGCAUUGUGAAGGCUGUAAUGUGGGGCCGUAACGUCUAUGACAGUAUCUCCAAGUUCCUGCAGUUCCAGCUCACUGUGAACAUUGUGGCUGUGAUUGUGGCUUUCACUGGAGCCUGCAUCACCCAGGACUCUCCCCUGAAAGCUGUGCAGAUGCUGUGGGUCAAUCUGAUCAUGGACACCUUCGCCUCGCUCGCUCUGGCCACCGAGCCCCCGACAGAAGCCCUGCUGCUACGAAAGCCGUACGGCCGGAACAAGCCCCUCAUAUCGCGCACCAUGAUGAAGAACAUUCUGGGCCAUGCUGUCUAUCAGCUUACUCUCAUAUUCACACUUCUUUUUGUUGGUGAGAAAAUGUUUAAGAUUGACAGUGGGAGGAAUGCACCGCUUCACUCUCCUCCUUCAGAGCACUACACCAUUAUCUUCAACACCUUCGUCAUGAUGCAGCUUUUCAAUGAAAUCAAUGCACGCAAAAUCCAUGGCGAGAGAAAUGUCUUUGAUGGCAUCUUCAGAAAUCCUAUUUUUUGCACUAUUGUACUGGGCACAUUUGCUAUUCAGAUAGUAAUUGUCCAGUUUGGAGGAAAACCAUUUAGCUGUUCUCCUCUGCAGCUUGACCAAUGGAUGUGGUGUGUAUUUAUUGGAUUAGGAGAACUUGUAUGGGGUCAGGUCAUUGCAACCAUCCCAACAAGUAGGCUAAAGUUUUUAAAGGAGGCAGGGCGGCUGACUGAAAAAGAGGAAGUCCCAGAAGAAGAGCUCAAUGAAGAUGUUGAAGAAAUUGAUCAUGCAGAGAGAGAGCUUCGACGUGGACAAAUUCUCUGGUUCAGAGGGCUCAACAGAAUCCAAACCCAGAUCGAAGUAGUCAAUACUUUCAAGAGUGGCACUUCCUUUCAGGGGGCUCUAAGGAGACAGUCCUCCGUCACAAGCCAGACCCAGGAUGUAACCAAUAUUUCUAGCCCUAGUCACGUAUCGUUAUCCAAUGCUCUUUCCUCUCCUACCAGCACAUCUGCUGCUGCGGCUGGGCAGGGCUAGAGAACAUUGGACAAAAGGGUUCAGCAGGAGAGAGUGAAAUAAAAAGAGGUUGUGAGUCUUUAACCUUGAGCCUGAAAUGAAUGUGAACCAAACUCAAGAUACUUGGCUUAAAAGAAGCCAGGUAAACAUUCGAGUAUAAGCCCACACACUACCAACCAUGAUACUGCUGUUGAUCCUAAACAGGCCUUGUGUAUUUUGCCUAGAUUGUUGCAUUUAGGGGUGAGAUUAUCAACUUCAUCUUUUUCUUCUGAUGGGGAAAAUUUAUAGGAUCUAAAAUUCUACAUUUCUUUUAUUUUUGUUGCCUAAUGCAGUAUAAUAAAUCUAACUUUAAAGGUGGGAUGAAACUGAAGAGUUUUUUCUAUUGCAGCUACAGAGAAGAAAGAAGUGGAAGCUUAUAGCCAUGUCAAAAAUGUCCUGAAGUGUUGUCCCCACAGUCUUUUGUUUAAAAGCAGUUCAUUUUUUUCUGUUGUCUCCAUUACUGUGAGAAAAGGGAACUGUAUCACACUGUUUGUCUUCCCUUGGCAUUGUCAGUAUCAUAAAGAAAUCUCAUUACAUGAACUCCGCGUAUUUCCUAAUAAACCAACACUUACUAGGUUCUAUCCAUCAUGGGUAUGUCCCUGCUUUACAUGCUGUACAGCUCUUAAACAAAAUAUGAAGUUCAGCAGCCUGACUUUAUCUUUAGAAAAUAAUCACGCUACAUCGGCUUUGUUUCAGCAGAGUCCCUAAACAUUUUUACACUACAUAUUACUUCAAAUAACCUUUUAAGUUUAAGCAUGUAUUAAAAGAAUCUGUUGUUGUUGGGCCAUGUUACUAAAUAAACAAUUUAUUUUCAGUUCUAAGUUAGAGUAGUGGUAUUUUAUAAAAAAUUAAAAUGCCACUUUUGCAAUUGAUGGACCUUCUGCAUCUGUUUUCACAAACAUAAUGAAAAAGAAAGGUUUUUUUUCCUAUAAGCAAUACAUCAACAGAUUAACUUUUAACAAGAUUUUGAAUUACACUGUAAUGCAUAAAUUUGGAAAUGCAUAAAACACAGAAUAAGGCAAAACACUAAAAUAUAAACAUUUCCUUCCAAGACACCAAGCUCAAUCUGCAGAAUUUUUCUACCUUAAGGGAAAAGUUAAUGGAAAACAAAUAUACAACCCUGAAAUUGUAGAGAGAUUUUUUAGAAAAGAAGGAAAAUUUUCUACAUCUCCUUAGUAAAGAACAUUUAUUAGAAAGUUAACUAUAUUUAUAUGUUCUCAGCUUUAGGGACUUGCCCAAAUCUGGCCCGUAUAUCACAGUAUUGCAUUCAGAAGAUGAACUACUUCUGGUAUCAGCGUAUUUAAGCUAGUUUUAAGCUAAUAUAUCUAGCCAAAAAUCACACAGAGGGCAUAGUAUGACGAGCAAGUAGAAAUUAUGCCAGCAACACCUUAAGUUUCCUGCAAGACACUAACAGCCCAUGCCAAAACUUUGCAAAAGAACUGCAGGCUGAUGGUGGGUUCUGCAAUUACACCUUCAGCCUGCUGUGUAAACCUGUCUAGUCCAAGUCAAAGAUGCUACUGUAGCAUUUUCUUCCAGUAAGUCAGUAGUUCAAGCAGUAACAGUGGAGAGCACUGGAUUCACAUCAUGGUAAGCAGGUUUUCAGAAACAGUUUUCGAAUACUAACCUAAGGCUACAGUUUUCCCUAAGCUGUUUCAGAAGAUAGUGUGCUGCAGAUUGACUAAAAGUUUUGUAUUAAAUGCAAUUUGGAUACAUAGUCUUGAAGACGUUUAAAAUCUGUUUACUCUAUCGUAUCCUUUUCUGAGUCUACUUCUGCAAUCUAGCCUAAGCAGAAUUCCCAGUGCCCUCAGUGGCAGUUUUCUCUACUAUGGAACUUGGUUGCUUCUUUGCUAACUCAUAGAGGCUUAAAUACAGGUUUGUGUGACCUCAAGAAAUGCUUUAUUUUCACAGAACAUCUCUAAAAAAUCUGGUCAAGAGUAAUAUGAAAUUGAAAGCUUUCUCAUUUAAGUAAAAUUGUGAUUUGCAUUUAUUAAAAAAACAAUGCUAGAACCUCAGACUAGAGCCUAAGCCUGUUUAAUAAGAAGUGACUGUAUUCAAGAGAAUGAAAGGGAGUAUUUUGUUCUAGCAGAUAAAAUAUCAUUCAGUUGGAGCUGUUUGCUAUCAGAUGACUGUUAUUUUCAUUUAGAUAGCAGAAAAAUAGCUUUCUAGAAAAUAAUAACACCAUAUCAUCCUAUAUUAUAAAGUAAGCAUAUUAUAAAAUAUUCUCUGAUUUAAAAUAAGGCCAUCUAGUAACACGUUAAAAGAUUACCUUGAGAGACAUUCUUUUUUCAUUGUUUGUAGACUAUUCAGCUUUGCAUUUUAAAGUACAAAAUAGAAGGGCCUAAUAAUGUAUUAGUGUAUCAGCUCUUCUCUUCAAAUAGAGCUCAAAUCCUAUCUUCAGUAAUGCAAACAAAUUUCUUACCUAGUCUGUUUGUUCAUGUAUGUUCACUGUGCAAAACCAUCACAAACUAUAGGGCAAUUCAAAGAGCCUCCACUCAGACAAAGCCCUGGUUUGUAAUUCCAAGUGAUAUAUCAAACAAACGGGUGUUUGCUACAUUAUAUAAUCAUAAUGCAUAAAAUUUAUAUAUAAAAAUGUUUCUAUCUUCCUCUUGGAUCUCUGCCACCCUACUGAAAUUUAGACUCUUCCAGCGUCCCAAGAUUUUGUCAGGCCAUUCUGUACUAGUCUUUGUAUUUCUAAAAUAAGCAGUCACAUCAAUCUGCUUUUUGUACUGUGCCCUGCUGUUAUAAAGUGUAAUUGCAAAGACAAGGGUGGGUAAUUGGAUUGACUGAAGGGCAUUUAUUUGAAAUUUUAUAUGACUCUCUUCUGCUACUAGCAUUUUUGCAAGAUGAAGAAUAUUCACAUAUAGAGAACACAAACAAGGACAAAAAUCAAAGAGAACAAAGCACCAUUCAGCCUCUUUCUCCUCUCUGCUGAAAUCCUGUACAACCUGGGCAACCCCAACAUAGGAUCAGCUAGAUUCCAUAGAUGUAACACUGGGUUACAUCUAUUCCAUUACUCAAAUUCAGUCUGCCAAUUAGAAGAAGUUCUAAAGAGUUAAAGAUUAGUGGUGUAUUAGGCCAAACAGUAACUUGCAGCAUAGUCACAUGUAAAACAAUACACAUACCUACCAUCAACCAUUUAAAUGUGUGUGGAAAAGCUUUCACACUGCCUGCUUGCACCUUUUCUGCCUCUGCCUGUGUUUUGCUGCCCCCCCUCCCCCCCAAGAAAUGCUAGAAAUUCGCUCAUAAACUACAUGGAAGUAGAAGGAUAGAACUCAUAUUUAGUCAUAAAACAUUUGCCAACAGAUCACAUUUUUGCCAUUCUGUUUUUUCCUCUCUGCCCCCCAUCCAAUCUGUGCCUCCCCCCUGCUCUCCAAGAAAGUUAAGGUUUUCUCACCAGUAGCAUGUAGCACAAUCCUUCACUUCUUUUCAGAGCCGAGAGGUCUCUGGGAUACAGCUAGCAUUCCUCCUUCACCCAGCCACAGAGCACUGAUUGUCCCCACACUGCAAAGCCCCUCAAUCCACUCCUCUCGUUUCCUACUGGGAAAGCAGCUUGGCACUGUCACUGCCAGUCUAAUGGGCCUUGUAGUUUAUUUUUACCUCUGUUCUUAUCGUCAGGUAGUUAAAGAUAUUAGAUUUAUCCUGGCAUGAAUUAGCUGACUUACUUACUUCAAAGACUGCAUAUAUGGCAUAAAUUGUGUCGCUUUUAGGAUUUAAUCUUAUAAACAGUAUUGCAAAUGAGACACAGAAAAUGAAAGAAUUUGCUGUUCAACAAUGUAAUUCAAUUUAACCCCCAAAUCACAACGAUAUUUUAUUACAUGUUCUAUAUAUAUUAAAAAGUUAAAAUGGCUAGAACAGUGGGUCUAUACUCGAGUGUUUACCUCACAUAUGCAUGAAGGAAAAAUGAAAGUUGGUUCAACAAUACUAUGUUCACAUUAUCCAGGCUUCCAAGUGUAGUUGUUGUGUGCAAGUUAUCUCUGUUCAUGUGGUAACUGUGACUUUUUUUUUUCCCCCUGUGGUAGCAUGAUUACGCUUAGUAUUUUGUCUGCUUGGCUUUUUGUGCUCCUGGCUGCAUUCAUUUAGAUUUUGCUUUAAAACAUUUCUAUUACUUACUUAUAGUUUUUACAUUUGGCUCCUGUGUGUCUCUCACAUGUACCCAUCCAACUUUGUCUGUGUUCUGUGCUUUUCCGUUUGUGAAGUGUGAUGUGUUAUGUGUAAUGUUUUUUAACAAUACAAAGAGACUUUUUUAAUAAAUUUAAAAAAAGCCUUCCUACUUACUCACUGCAAAACUGUCAACAUGCAUGGUUUUACAUUUGCAUUACAAUUAACAUGGCUUGUCUUUUACUAGGGAUGUACCACACGAGUGGACGUUCGUUUUCUUUAACCAGUACUUCCCAUCAGUUCUUUGAUGGCUUUAAACUUGGUUUAUUUUAACAUUGCAGUUGAUACAGAUAUUCAAAAUGCACAUAACUGAGCCACUCAUUUAUGCACAUAACAUCCAGAGACUAUGGACUUCAGCUGCCUGCACUGCCCUAACCAUAUGCUACAUUUUUCACAAAGUAUUCUCUAACACAGUGUUGCCCUUUAGAGAUGCCACUUCUGACAUCUCUUUCUUUUCUCCCCCCAGAUCCGCGUCGUGAAGGCAUUCCGUAGCUCUCUCUAUGAAGGUUUAGAAAAACCAGAAUCUAGAACCUCUAUUCACAACU